AAUUCAUUUCCGUUACCUGACUUAGUUUUAUAGCCAGAAUACGUUUUCAUUCAUUUGUAAAUUUUAAUCUCACUUUCUUCAAGAGCAGUUAAAAGAUUAUUAAUGGAAUUUCUCUGUUUAAAGUGGUGUCUCAAAAUUGAUAUGUAACUUAUCUGCAAUUAGUUUAGAAAUCAGUUUAGAGAAUACUUCACUUUCUGUGAUUGAUUCCGAAAUAGGGGCCGGUGAUAGUUCAGUGAUUUCUUCAUUGGAGCAAUAUCUAAUCAUGGUGGCCUCUUAUCAGCCGGCUCCACCUGUCAGUCCUGACAGUGUGAUGGCUGUGAGAUCCAAGCCAGCUCACCUCGCCCCGGUUGGCUUCUUCAUCAUAUUUCCAUUGACAUUUAUUACAACAUUUUUGCUAGCCUUGAAAUACAAACAUGUGGCUCUCAUCAUUCCAUACAUCAGUGACACAGGAGACAGACCACCGGAGAGCUGUGUUUUUGCCAUGUUUGUCAGUAUCUGCUCAGUCGUAUUGGGCUUGAGCAUCUUCAUAAGACAUCUCCAGAUUAACCAACAUUUGUCAGAUGAGAAGACUGACAGGAUUCGAGGACUGUGGAACAAUGUUUCUUCAGGGUUUGGAGGAGCUUCUGCUUUUGGAUUGCUGCUCGUAGCUAACUUCCAGGAGGACAAUGACUACCCAGUCCACUACACGGGAGCUGCUAUGUGUAUCUGGGGAGGCUCCAUAUACUUUGUGUUUCAGACUUUUAUUUCCUACCUGAUGAGAGAACACUUGACGUCCGUGUACCUGCUAUAUGGGAGAGUGGUCUUGGCUUCAUUUGCCGUGCUCUUCAACAUGAUAGGCUUGGUGUCAACUGUGGCGGCAAUUCAGCAUGCUCCUCAAGGAAUGCCACAGAAUACAACUGUCUCAGACUGGAGCCCCACUGACUCUUAUUGGUUGGUCCAUGUUUUAAGCGUGACUUCAGAGUGGAGUUUAGCGUUCCUCCUAAGUGUCAUAGUAUUAACAUUUGUACCAGAACUGAAACGGAUGAAAGUUGUCUUUCCAAGAUUAAAAAUUGAAAAUAUAUCUCCAGAAGAUGAAUAACGCUUGUCUAUAAAAAUUGUUAUGAAGGAGAAGAAAAACAGAGAGGAAGUUCAUAUGGAUCUGAGAAUAUACUGUUUAAAAAUACAGAACCUAUUUUUCAUGGUGAUAAAUUAUCUCACUUGCA